AUGUCUGAGUCGUAUGGGCUGGAGUGCGGCGUGAGACAAGGCGGGCUCUCCUCGCCAACGCUCUUCAACCUGUACGUCAAUGACUUGAUUGGCACGCUCAGUAACACUCGAGUUGGGUGUCACAUAGACGGCGUCUGUGUGAAUAAUAUAAGUUACGCGGACAACAUGGUGUUACUGAGUGCGUCCCCCUGUGGUCUAAAAAAGUUGUUGGUCAUCUGUGAAGAAUAUGCCAGUUCACACGGAUUGCAGUAUAAUGUGAACAAGAGUGAAGUUAUGAUUUUUGAGGCCAGAGGCCAGAAGUCACCUGACAUACCAUCUGUCAAAUUAAAAGGUGUAGUGAUGAGGCAAGUUGACAGUGUUAAAUACCUGGGGCACCUUCUUGUUUCUGACCUCAGGGACGAUGUGGAUGUUGAGAGGGAGCGGAGAGCGCUGGCGGUUAGGGCUAACAUGAUAGCUCGAAGAUUUGCACGUUGCUCGAAGGAAGUGAAAAUCACACACUUUCGAGCAUAUUGCACAUCUUUUUACACAUGUAGCUUAUGGGUUACAUAUACCCAAGAAUCAUACAGCGCUCUCCGCGUCCAAUACAACAACGCAUUCAGGAUGUUGAUGGGGUUGCCUAAAUUCUGUAGUGCGUCGGGGAUGUUUGCGGAAGGAAAAGUAGAUUGCUUCCAUACUACCAUGCGAAAGCAGUGUGCAUCCCUGGUACGCAAAGUGCGGGCCAGCCCCAACAGCAUCCUGAGAAUGGUAGCCAGCAGACUGGACUGUGUGUAUAUUGGUCGCUGCUGUGCAGUCUCCCACGGAACUGUGCAGCAGUGA